AUGUCUGUUGGUGAAGAAUUUUCUUUUAAAAUACCGUGUUUAUUUCCGAUGAACGAGACAAUAAAUGAUACAAGAAAUUCAAAUAUUAUAUUAGAACCUCCACAAUCAGUUUUAAUUGCUUUUCAUGUUGGUCAAAUAGUUAGUAUUUUUUGUAUUAUAUUUGGUAUUCUUGGAAAUACUGUACUUAUAUUUGCUAUUUAUCGUUCAUCAUUUUCUCGUUUUUCCUAUGGUUUACUUCUAUUUUUUAUUGCUAUAUUCGAUAUCGUUCGUUUAAUUUCUACGGCAUAUUAUUAUCUUCUUCAAGCACAGCUUAUACCAUUAAAUUUAUUAACUGCAACUAUUUAUAUAUUUUUCUAUCGAUAUUCAAAAAAUAUUACAAAUUGGUUGAAAGUAUUUUUAGCAAUUGAAAGAUUACUUGCUGUUAAAUAUUGGAUUUCAAAUCGUUAUAAUAUUAAUUCAAAAAAUACAACAAAUAUUCAACGUUCAAGACAAAAACGUAUAUUAUAUUUAAUUUUAUUCUUAUUUAUUUGUACUUUAAUUAGUCAACAUCCAAAUUUAAUACCGAAUCGUUAUCUAUCAAUACAUCUUGAUCCUGUUCGUUUAUUUCUUAUGGCUAUACCUAAUCCUAAUUUUUAUUAUGGUCAAUAUUUAUUUGAUGGUGCUUUAUUUAUUAUUAUGAGUUAUAUUAUCAUUGAUGAUCUUUUACCAGUAACAUUAUUAAUUAUUUUUAAUACAAUUCUUCUAUAUAAACUUCGACAUUUACCAUCGAUUACAAGUCAAAAAAUAGCAGAAUCAAUAUGGAUUCUUCUUUUUCUUACUGUAUUUUCAAUAUUUGUUGCACCACGUUCAUUUAUUGUCUUUUGUAAUCUCUACGUUGAUCCAAAAGAUGUUAAUAAUACAAUUAUUGCAAUAGUAUUUCAUACAUUUCAAGGUCUUGAAAUGUUAAAUCAUGCAAUUACUGGUUAUGCAUGUUUUUUAAGUUGCCGAAGUUUACGAAAAACUCUUCUAGAUUCUAUUCAUACGAUCUGUAAACAAUUACAAACGAAAUCACAUAGAAGAGACAAUCCAACAGCACUGUAUAUCAUUGAACCAUCUAAUAUUGUCUCAAAACGACCGUAA